AUGACUCACAACAAGGCGCUGUUGAAGGAUCUGAAGCCACCGAGUGGUAAUGUUGUUGCGGCCAACAAGGGCGAAGGCAUUAAACUAUCUGUGGAAGUAGACACUGGUUCAGCAGUAGCGGUUAUCAGCGAAAUCCAGUACCAGCAAGCUUUUUCUGCGAUUCCGGUUUCUAAAUGUGACAAAACGCUCGUAGUAGUUAAUGGUUCAAAAAUCGCUGUAGUUGGAGAAAUUUUAGUUGAAGUCAUUUUGAAUGGACUUAGCACUGAAAGGAAACUGAUUGUUCUAAAAACAUCUAGGGAUUUUACACCGCUUUUGGGUAGAGAUUGGAGGAAGGUGUUCUACCCUAACUGGAAGGACCAAUUCAUGCAAACUUCAGUAAACAGUUUGGAUAUCGCUGGAAAUUCGGAACAGGUUUUAAGUACGAUAAAGCAAAAAUAUUAUAAGGUGUUCAAUAAAGACUUUACAGAGCCAAUUAUAGGUUUUGAAGCGGAGCUAACUUUGAAAUCAGAACAACCGAUUUUCAGAAAAGCGUAUCAAGUACCAUUCAAAAUUAAGGAUAAGUUUAUGGAACAUUUGACCAUGCUGGAGAAUCAGGGGGUGAUCACUCCCAUUCAGGCUAGUGAAUGGGCUUCUCCGGUCAUAGCUGUAAUGAAAAAGGAUGGAGAAGUUAGAAUGUUGUCACAGAUGCUUGCACCUAUGGUUUAG